AUGAAAUUAGAAAUUUGGCCUGAAGCCAUUAAAGCAGCUAAGAACAGGCUUUUGAUGUUGUCUGCAUUAGGUGAACUAAUUUGGUAUUUACGUUUGAAUGAAGACAAUGCUAAUAUUAGUGAUUCUACUCAACCUAAUAGUACAGUUGGUAUAGAAACAAAUGGAUCAACUGGUAAUUUUUGGUCUCAUUUGGAAGCUCAUCAUAGUAUACUUAGAUUUGAAAAAGAAAGUAAUAAUAAUCCUAUUCAAACAAAAAUUGAUGCAAUAUUUCAAAAACA